AAAAAAAGACAACCUAACUUUCAAGAGGACAUACAGAGACAACUAAUAAAUUUAACAAGGACUAAAAUAAAAAGAAAAACAGAAGUCCCUGCCACCCUCCCUCUGCAUAUGUAUAAAAUCCAUUCAAUAGGUUACCCAACAAGCAAUUAAGCAAACCUCUUUCUCUCUCUCUCUCUCUCUCUCUCUCUCAGCUUUCUAAUUCAUCAUCAUCAUCAUCAUCAUCAUCAAAUCAAUGGAAGACCUCCUCCUUUUUCCCAGCAGCACCAACAACAUCAACAACAACAAUAAUAACAGCAACAACAUAUCUAUCCAGUAUCAACUACAGCAACUCCUUCAAUCCCAAUCCCAACCACAACCAUGGUCACAUGCCAUCAUCUGGUCUUCCUCACCAGACCUCCUUCUCCUCUCCUGGCAUGCUGGCAUCUUCAUCCCAAACAACACCAAUUCCAACUCCACUAACAUCAAUGGUAGCAACAACAGUACUAUUAUUGACAUUAACUAUAACAGUAGUAGCAAUUGCAGCAAAACUGCAGGACGGUACUCAAACUCCAAUGAAACCAUGGUAGAUGAUGCCGAGUGGUUUUACAUCAUCUCUUCAAACCGUUCAUUUCAUUGCAAUGACUUGAAUACACUCCCUUCCCGUUCCUUCUCCACUUCCACUUCCAUAUGGCUCUCUGGUUCUCACCAUCUUCAAUCAGCUUCAUCCUGUCCUCGCGCUGCUGAUGCUCGUUUCCAUGGCAUCAAUACUCUUGUUUACAUCCCUCUCCCUAUUUUCUCUUCCGUACUUGAACUUGCCUCCCCUGUCGUCAUCCCCCGUGAUUCUCUUUUCAUUCAACAAGCUCAGUUCUCCAUCUUCUUAUCAACUUCACCAAAUACUCUUUCAGUAAUCUCUCCUCCUCAUCCUCCUUCACAAGGACCAUCACCAUCACCAUCACCACUACAAGCACAAGCACAAGCACAACAAGCACAACAAGUACAACAAGCAACAGUAGCCAUAGUUACAAGUCUCAAAAAAGAGUCUUCAUCCUCUGAUCAUUAUGAUUCAGACCAACACCAACCUCGCCGGAGAAAACGUGACAGGCAAGAUGGUAUCCCUGUCAACCACGUUGAAGCGGAGAGGCAACGAAGGGAGAAACUCAACCACCGGUUCUACGCACUCCGUUCAGUCGUCCCCAACGUGUCACGCAUGGACAAAGCUUCACUCCUCGCCGACGCCGUCACGUACAUUAAUGAACUCAGAAACAGAGUUUCAGAACUUGAAGCCCAUGAACAACAACAACAUCAACAACAACAACAACAACCAAGCACAAUCAUCACACCAAUGACGUUCAAGAAGGAGAACAACAACAACAACAACAAUAACAUGGAUCAGAGCAUGAGUAGCAUUACUUCUUCAGCUACUUCAGCUUGUAAUAUCAUCAAUGGUGGUGGAGGUGUUGGGAGGAUGGAUUUAGAGGUGAGAUUGAUAGGACAAGAGGCAGUCAUAAGGGCACAGUCCUGCACCGGAGGACACCCAGCAGCGAGACUAAUGAAUGCAAUGAGCGAGCUAGAGCUGCAAGUGAGCCAUGCAAGUGUGACUAAGGUUAAGGAACUAAUGCUACAAGACGUUGUGGUUACAGUCCCUCAUGGACUCCAAAGAGAAGAUGUUCUCACUGCUGCACUUCUUUCUAAGCUUGACACACAUCAUCAUCAGCAGCAGCAUCAGUAAAAACAUCAACAACAAUGCAUGAUAAUUAACUGUGAGGAUCGAAUAAGAUGUUAUAAUUAGUAUAUAUGAUGUUCAUCGUCAUCAUAGUUGUCGUUAUUAUGGUAUUAUUAUAUGAUCGAUUCUCCUAUGAUAUGAUAUGAUAUAUAAAUAUAUAUGUAUGCAUGAGAAAGUUGUACUGAAGAU